UUCAAGUUGAAGAUCUAGCAAUGAGUUGGCAACACUGAGGAAUAUGAAAUAAGAUUUGAGGUUGUGUUAAAUUGACUUGUCUCGAGUGUUUAUGCCGGUAUGAAAUUAUAAAAAUGAAUGAAAAAAAUGAAAAUACGAUUGAAAAUGACAAUCGAGAGGGAGAGAAGGAUUUGUGUAAGGAAGUAAUUAAUGGCAUCGCCUGCAGAGAGGAUUUAUGUCAGCUUUUCGAACAUAAUGACCAUGGCAUCAAUAGGAUUCACUUUUCGGAGGUUUCCCAAAUCUGUAAGGACAAACCAUGUCAGCUUGGAGUUGAUGAGGCAGGUCGUGGUCCAGUUUUAGGUCCAAUGGUUUAUGGGAUCUCAUAUGCCCCAUUGUCUCAGAAGCAACUGCUUGUCGAUCUAGGCUGUGCCGAUUCCAAGAGCCUGACUGAAAAGAAACGCGACGAGAUAUUUGACGAUAUUUGCAAGCAUAAGGAUAGUAUCGGCUGGGCGAUCGAAAUAAUAUCGCCAAAUGUUAUUGCCAACAGCAUGUACCGUCGCACCAAAAUUUCACUAAACGAGAUCUCCAUGAUAUCGGCUACAAACUUGAUCCGACAAGCAAUUGAGGUAGGUGUAAACGUUGCUGAGAUUUACGUGGAUACCGUCGGCAAACCUGAGUCUUACCAAACGCGACUGGAAAGCAUAUUUCCCAGCAUCAAGAUAACUGUAGCAAAAAAAGCAGACGCAACUUAUCCGAUCGUCAGUGCAGCUAGUAUAUGUGCCAAGGUGUCACGAGAUCACGCAAUACGAACAUGGCGUUUUCGCGAAGAUGACGGCAUCGAAACAGAAUACGGCAGUGGCUAUCCCAAUGAUCCAGUAACUAAAAAUUGGUUAUCUGCGAACGUGGAUCAGGUGUUCGGCUUCCCACAGCUUGUUCGGUUCAGCUGGUCCACUGCCGAACAAAUUCUUGAAUCAAAAGCAUUGACAGUAGAAUGGGAGGAAACGGAGGAAACUUCCAACGAGCAGAAGAUUUUAAAGUUUUUCGCAAAAUCUCCAAAUAAAUCGUCUAACGUUCACACGAAAAAACAUCCGUUCUUCACUGAACGUUGUCUAUCCAACACAACGACUAUCUUAUGAUAUUUGCUUUAUGCUGAUUUUUUCCUUUCCAUUGUAGUUAUUUAAUAGGAUUUUAAAGACCCUUAACAUAAAACUUUAUAGGAAUUAUUAGAUUAUUAUACAGGGUGAUAAAAAAUUUGGAUACAGUCGAAUAUCUCAAAAGUAAAGCAGUUUUGAAAAAAAUGUUUCAGGCAAAAAUUAUGGGGUUUAAAAAGAAUUAUUUGCUGUUCCC